AUGGAAUGCAGUACCGAGAUCAGCGAUAGCGCAAUACCCAGUGCUCAUGAUCCACUCACAAGCCUGACCACAAGCGCAGAUAUCGCAGGUGGUGAUGUGCGUAAUCACACAGACGAUGGCAGGGCCGCAGCAGUGAUCGAAGAAGCCUUCCCACUCGCGUCUGAGAUCGAGGAGAUAUUCGUGGAUGCAGGAUCCAGCCGCCCGCGAACAAGGCCGAUCCGUGCUCGCCAACCCGACACCGACACGAUGAAGCCUGAGGGCCUGCUCCGCCUUCCGCGUGAGCUGCGAGAUGAAGUAUAUCGCCACCUCCUCGCCCGUCCGAGCCCAAUCAAACUCAAGUGCAAAAAGAAGAAGGCAAUGAUCGAAGGCGAGGAGUCGUACAACUUGGUACCCAAAGAGCAACUUCCGCGAAUCUAUCACGCCUUCCCACUGUUGCACGCCGAGAUCCUUGAGGCUCAUUAUCAGCACAACGCUUUCACCAUCGGUGAGAUGAAGGAUCUCAAUUGGUGGGACAUCGCCGAGGUGUGGUUGGUCCAUGGCAACACGAUCUUCGAGCAGAACCUCCGCCACCUCGCGCUGCAGGGCGUGCGGUACUUACACUACGACGAACGUUCGCAAGGAGGGAGGUCGAUUGGUGGCGUGCAGUGCGGCACCAUGGACAUCAGAUCGCAGCAGGGCAAACUCCUCGUGUCGCUUUCGGGUCCGUCCCAGGCUACGUUGUGCAGGUGUGACAUCGCCGGUCUGGUGGAAGAAGAGCUGUCGCAACCGUACAACCUCGAGAAUCCGUUGCGCAUGUUUCGGAUUAAGGAGAGCGAGCGUCACGGACCUGUACUUGGGUGUGUACUCCGGAUCGUCACGGCAAAAGAGCGUAGACGUAGCUGUUGGGCGCAUCAGCCCCAUGAGGAUUGCUAUUUCGAGCUCCCUAAGGAGGAAAGCGACCGUUUCGUGCCAGAGCUGGAGAUGCCCACUUACUGCCGGGUGUGCGGACUCAAAGCUUGGUACCUUGACAUAUAG